AAUCUGAAAAACGAACCUGACUGACCCCGCGUAAGCUCCUCCAGAGUCGAAGUUAGAACUGAGGAAUAACGUGUCCCAUGUUUCAGAACUCUUUAUGGUGCCUCUGUGAUAUUCCGUCGUCACGCCUUCGGCACUUCUACUUGGCAACUGUACUUUUCUGUUCUAGGUUAACUCUGCUAGGAAUUGAUUCCUUCUCUGCUCUGUCAGUCUGUCAUCUGGGUUCGUAACUGUCUGCUAAGCUUUAUUGGCAGAGGAGAAGGAGAAGGAGAACGAUUUCCAGAUUCUCACCACCACGGGCAUUCGAAAAAUGCCUUCUCGAUCGUCUGGUAUUCCUAUGAAUUCUCAAAGUGGGAACCCCAGUUACGGGAGUGGUUUCUCGGGGGGAGACCCCCCUCAUCAUCCCCACCAUCCUUACAACGGGUCCCCGAAUUUCCCACUUGGCGAUAGCGGUUUCCGGUCAAUGGGUGGAGGCGGCGGCGGUUUGAUGCCUCACGCUGGGCAGAAGCGUGGGUUUCAUUCUACGGGUCGAGGAGGUUCAGAUAAUACUGAUGCUGGUGGUUUUGCUAAACUUUUUGUUGCAUCUGUUCCGAGGACAGCUACUGAAGAAGAUAUUCGCCCCCUAUUUGAGGAGCAUGGAAAUGUCAUUGAGGUUGCUUUGAUCAAGGACAGGAGAACCGGCCAACAAAAUGGAUGUUGUUUCAUAAAAUAUACAACUUCAGAGGAAGCUGAUAGGGCCAUUAGAGCUUUGCACAAUCAAUAUACUUUGCCUGGGGGAGUCGGUCCCAUUCAAGUUAAAUAUGCUGAUGGUGAACGAGAACGUUUCGGUGCAGCUGAGGACAAGUUGUUUGUUGUUUCCCUGAACAGACAAGCUACAGAAAAGGAAGUUGAGGAGAUCUUCUCAGCGUAUGGUCGUGUGGAAGAUGUCUACAUUAUGCGUGAUGAAAAAAGACAAAGUCGAGGAUGUGGAUUUGUUAAAUUUUCUCAUAGAGACAUGGCGGCCGCUGCUAUCAAGGGUCUCAAUGGAAUCUAUGUGAUGAGAGGUUGUAAUCAUCCAUUUAUUGUUCGUUUUGCUGACCCAAAGAAGCCCAGGGCUGGAGAUUCAAGGAGUGGUCCUACAUUUGGAGGUCCUGGUUUUGGCCCCCGGUCUCAGAAACCCUUGGGAGUUAGGCCUGGACCCAGUCAUGGUGAACCAAUGGGGGGACACAUUCCUCCUAAUGCUUGGCAGCCAAUGAGUCCACAGGACUUUGGACCUUCCUCUCAAACUAGUUCUCAUGGUUUUGGGAGGCCUUUGGUUGCUAUGGGCGGAGUUAUGGCAAUGCCUUCAGUGAUGGCUGGCCCUUUGGGAACCUUUGGUGGUCCUGGAAAUGCUUCUGUUCCAGAUCUUUCAGUUCUUCCCCCUUCAACCUCCUCACAGAGUUUUAACCCCCCUCUGUCACAAGUCCAAUCUGUUGGUCAGAAAUUAUCCCCGUUACAGAAGCCACUUCAGUCAACGCAUCAUUUUCCACCCUCAUUUCAACUACACUCUCAACAAACCUCUGUACAAACUUCCUUGGCAUCUAUACAGCCACUUGGUCAGCUGCAGGCCAUUUAUACAUCUGGGCAGACCUCCUUUAAUCAAGCUCUGCCAUCACACCAGUUAUUUGGUUCGAGUUGUCAGCUGGCUCUUUCCCAGCCUAUAGUUCAGCUCAGCACCUCCUCUGCUGCAGCACAUCAAAUGCCUUCUAAUAUGCCAACGCAAGCUGUGUCUGCUGCCGCAAACCAACAAUUGCUAUCUGCCCCCACUGUACAGCAACAAAUGAUUCAACCUCAACAGGGGGCAUCAACUCAGUUGGCUCAGAUGUCAUCUCAACAAACUCAAGUGCUACAAACGAGUUUUCAGUUGCAGCCGGCAUUCUCUCAGCUGCAACAGCCGUUGCAUAUGAUGCAGCCUUCAAGUCAAAAUUUGACUCAACAGCAAGCUUCCCAGGCUACUAAACAACAGGUGAGGCAAGAUCUACAAAUCAAUGUUCAGACUCAUGCUUCUGAGUGGGGAUCAAAUUAUCUUUUGGGUGCCAUGCCACAUAUCAUUUGAUGGUCCGAGCUGGUG